AUGGACGGGCCAGACCAGACCUUUGGCCAUCAAGCCCAGAAGUUCCAGGAUAACUUUACCUCUAAUGGUGGACAAGAAGAUGCAAUCAUUGACCCGUUGCUCAACGAUGAAUCUUCCAAUCCCAUCCUGUUUCCAAGGGUUAGCAGUCCCAUGAAUAACCAGCUAUUCAUGAAUUCUGGCAUGUGGAACCCUGCGCUUAACAACCCCGUUGAUUUCUAUCCGCCGGGCAUGUCGGGCAUGGGCCACACCACUUUGACCAACAACACAUUACAGCACAACAGCCCAAUACAACCCGCCGACACGCAAUCUUCACCCAGAACGCCCCUGAGUGAGUCUGUCUUUGCGGCAUCUCGUACCUCGAGCAAAUCUUCUAUUCCAUCUGCCAAUUCUGCCGAUGCCGAAGCAAAACCCCGGCGUGGCAGCAGAGCUACCAAGACUCAACCUCGGAAAUUGUCGACCGGGACAGCCACCAAGCCAUCACGCCAGCGAAGAGUUUCCAAAGCUGUUUCCAUCAAGACAGAUACUGGAGAUGAGGAAGAAGAAGACGAAGAUGAUGGGCUGGAUGGAUCUGACAAGCGUAGUAAAUUCCUGAAACGCAACAGGAUUGCGGCAUCCAAGUGUCGGCAGAAGAAGAAGGAAUGGGUCAACAACCUCGAAGACACUCGAUACGGCUUGGAGAAUGAGAACAAUAUCCUGCACAAGCAGUACAAUGGUCUUGUGGACGAACUGAGCACCAUCAAGAAUCAACUGAUGAUGCACGCGUCCUGCAACGACGCCAACAUCAACCAGUGGUUAGACAACGAGGCGAAGAAGUUUGUCCAGCGCAUCGCCUCGCAAAACAAGGCUCAAGUUCCACCGCACCAAAACACUGGUGAGUGCUGCGAUAAGCAUCGUCGUAGCUCAAGUGUUGCAACUUCCAUCCCUCGAUCGAUAGAAUCCGAGAUCAACUACGACCACAUGCCGGACAGCAUGAUAAAUUCUAGACCCUGA